AGUGCGCAUCUCGCAGAGCUGAACAGGUUCACCUUCUGCUGCGAAUCUUAUUAUUACUGCUAUUAACAGGCCAGACGAAGCAUAGCUCGCAGCUCCUGUCGUGGACAACCGUGUGAACGAUUUCCCCAAUGCGAUAGGUAUUUUAGCCAUUCCACCAGCGUUUUCAGGGUGAAAAAGCGAGACAAAAUGGCCGAGCUGCCGAUGGGGAAGGGGGUUUCUGCGGGGAAGAUAGCGAGCAAUGUGCAGAAAAAAUUAACCAGGGCUCAGGAGAAGGUUCUGCAGAAACUUGGCAAGGCAGAUGAAACGAAAGAUGUUGCAUUUGAAGAAGGAGUCAUUAACUUCAACAAACAGCUGGCCGAGGGAACCAAACUUCAGAAAGAUCUACGGGCCUAUUUGGCUGCUGUAAAAGCAAUGCAUGAGUCCUCCAAGCGUGUCCAAAAGUGCCUGGCUGACAUGUAUGAGCCGGAGUGGUACGGCAAAGACGAAAUGGAUUCUAUUGUAGAGGACUCUGACCUCCUGUGGACAGACUUUCACCAGAAACUAGUGGAUCAUGCCUUGAUCUCCAUGGACACUUAUUUGGGCCAGUUUCCAGAUAUUAAGGCCCGUAUUGCAAAGCGAGACAGGAAACUGGUGGACUACGACAGUGCCCGCCACACUUAUGCUGCUGUAAACAAGAGCAAGAAGAAGGUGGGUGGGAUUUCCAAGCCAACAUCUUUGUUGGAGAGGGCCACUCCAGGAUGGGCACAGGGGAUUCUUUCUGCUCAUAAUGUUGCUCAGACCAGCCUGUCCAGGAGUCAGGCAGAGGAAGAGUUAGAGAGGGCACAGAAGGUGUUUGAGGAUAUCAAUGUAGAUCUUCAGGAGGAGCUGCCAUCACUCUGGAACAGUCGUGUUGGCUUCUAUGUAAACACUUUCCAGAGUGUGUCUGGUCUGGAGGAGAAGUUUCACAGAGAAAUAGGAAAGCUGAGCCAAAACAUGUAUGAUACUUUGGAGAAACUGGAGAACGAAGACAUGUCCAGAAAAGCAGGUAACGGAGAGCGGACGACAUCAACAGCUCAAAGGAGUGAUAGAACACAAGAUGCCAAUCACACUCUGAGCCCAGGAGGACCACCAGCCAUUCCAAAAUCUCCAUCUAAGCUAAAACCUGCUGUUCCUCCACCUCCCAAAGUCACUCCAUCAAAGGAUCUGAAGCCGGAGAACAUUAUUAACCUAUUUGAUGAGGCUUCUACGCCAGGCAUCAGUGUUACGUCUCCAACACAAUACGAUGCCCCAGGCGCUAGUAAUCUUCUGGACAUGGACCUGGAUGCACUGCAGGCUGCUACUACACCAGUCUCCACCAACCCACAGACCUGGGAUUCAUGGGAGCAAGGAGAGAGCCACGCUGAGGCACCCCAGACAUGGGAUGAUGAUGAUAGCCAGCCUGUGCGCACUGGCUGGGGGGAUGGCGCUACCCAGCCUACCUGGGAUGAUGAUGGUAGUCAACCUAUGAGUGCUGAGCCUGUAUAUCCUACCUGGGAUGACGAUGGCAGCCAACCAGUGCGCGCUCCAGCUGCAGAACCGACUUGGGACGAUGAUGGGUCCCAGCCAGUGCGUGCUCAGGGUUUGGACAGUGAAGGGGCUCAGGCAGCAGAAGGUGCACCUGCCACAGAAGAGACAGCAGCAGCAGUAACAGCAGAAGAGGCUAAUGGAACCACAGAAGUAGAGAUGCCACCAAAUUUCCUAUAUAAAGUUCAAGCAAUGCAUGACUAUGUUGCCAACGACACAGAUGAGUUAGAGAUGAAAGCGGGAGACGUUGUGCUUGUGAUGACCUACGAUAAUCCUGAGGAGCAGGAUGAUGGCUGGUUGAUGGGGGUGAGAGAGGCUGACUGGCUCCAGAAGAAAGAUCCCAACAAAAAAGGAGUGUUUCCUGAAAACUUCACACAGAAGAUGUGAAAGCCAUGAUGUGACCUUGACCAUCGUUCGAUGUUCACUCUUUAUCCUUCUUCCAUGAUACCUUGCUUCACCUUCAAAUUUAUGGAUGUUCAGUGAGAGGAGAGGUAUGUGAAACAAAACAGGCAGCCUCUGCAGAUCUAACCCAACAUGCUCCUGGUACCUGACUCUGUUGAGGACACUUUACGGUGGAGGAAAGUUGUAUUGUCAAUUGAUUCAUGUUUACAGUGUUUCGGUUGUUCUGAUGUUCUGAGAGUGGCUGUGAGACUUUGUCAAUGUAUGAAUUUUAUUUUGCCUGUUCUUUGAGGAAGUGAAGUCUAUUUCAAAUGCUUUGUGAUAUUGUACUCAUAUGGGAGGCAUAAUAUUUAUAUACAUGUGCCAGCCUGUUAAAUAGUCGGACUAUAAAUAUAUUCCUCUGUGACUAAACAGGUGAUCCUUUCUAGCCCUCAGGCCUUUUUAUUUAUCUGAUUCUUUUGAUGUGUUAGGUUUUAAACAAUCAAAAAGCAUAAGAUAGCUAGGUGAAUAUAGAACACCAGUAACUUUCUAAAGAGAACUCCCUGUAGUAUAGUUUAAUGAAACAGGCUGCAUGAAACUCCCUGUAUAAUUGUGAUCAACUCACAGCUAAGAAUGAGGAGCAUAUAGAAUACUUCCACAAAUUAGAUUAUUCCCCACAGCCUCCUCAUCUUACUAUGUGUUGUAUAAAAGGAGUGUAAUAAACCCAGACUCAUUGGUGAGAGUAGAAGGCAUCUUCACCUAAACACUAUAUCAUCUCAGUCUUAAACACAGUAGAUACACUAAUCGUUAACAAUAUACCAUAAUACAUGAAUAACCAAUCCUUCUAACUUAAUAUUGCACAGUAACCAAGAAAACAAAACCACACAAACAGAAUCUUAUAUGCAGAUAACCACUGACAUAUGCAGCUAGUGUAGACACUAAAGAACAGAUAUUUUUCUCAGGAUAAAAGGUAGAAAAUUAAGCAUAAACACUGUGCCCUGCUUGGCCCUCAACUUUAUUGUAUAGACAAUGUAAAUGUGUUCAGAGCUUCAGACUAUAUCUUUACCUUUUUCAAUUCCCUUCUCACAUCAUUGUGCUGGAUAGUGCUUAUUGAAAAAAAUGUUCUGUAUUUGUUCUGUAUGGUCAUUAUUUCAUUCUUCAUUCUUCAUUUUUUUCAGUACACUAGAUAUCUGUGACAUGUUCCCUCCAGAUAUGCAAUAAUGUUCUAACAAAUUUUUCUGCCACCACAUUCUUGGACAUACAGUGAGGUUCAAAAAGAAUUUGGACACUUAAACAUUUAACCAUUCUUUAAGUUGUUAAUCAUUGCUGAACAUUCUUUAGAUUAUGUCAUAACUUACAUAUUUAACAAAAAGUUUUGUUUCUGAGCACCUAAAAAGCCCAGAUAACAAUUCCAACCAGACUGCACUAAGACUACUAUAAAGCACAGAGAUGGAAACAUCAAAGUUUGGGGCUGUUUUUCUUACAGUAGUGUUGGUCAGCUUGUGUUCAUUGAUGGGAUCAUGAAAUCAAGUGCGCAAAGGCAUUUUGGAUGAAAAUCUGCAGAAAUCUGCAAGAAAUUUCUUGAAAGCCCUAUUCAAAGUCAAUCAGAAAAGCAAGAUCCGCAGGCUGAUUUAAGUGGAGACAGAGUGGCAGCUAGAGGAAAAAAAAACUACACAUUAUAUUUACAAUAUAUUUUAGUUUUCUGUGAUCAUAUGACCGUGCAAACAUUUUGGUUAGUAGAAACACACUCGAUUUGUGGUAGUUUUGUUUUGGAUGCAGAAACACACCAGCCUUGGAAUGGUCUGUU